AUGGACCGAGUCUUCAAAGAAGGACCAUGGUCCUUUGAUAACCAAGCACUCAUGUUACGACGGUGGACGCCCGGUAUGACUGCGGCAAAUGUCAAAUUUGAUUCGGUUGCUCUCUGGGUUCAAAUUUGGGGGGCGCCGUUCGACAUGUUCUCUCCUAAGGUUGCAGCUGAAAUUGGGAGUCGUUUGGGGGAGGUGGUGGAGGUUGAGAAGCGACAAAAACUAGAAGCACAGAAUUUUUUCAUGAGAGUUAAGGUUUCAAUCCCAACGUCCAAACCUAUUCGACGGGGCGGAUUUAUUGGUGGUUCGGAUGGGAAAAGGUAUUGGGUUACAUUUAAAUAUGAACGUCUUCCAUUGUUCUGUCAUUUUUGCGGAUUCUUGGGCCAUGAUCUAAAGCACUGUGCUGAGUAUUUUGCACAAAGUAAGAAUGGCGGAGGGGUAGGGUGUCAAUAUGGGGAGUGGUUGAAAUCUGCAGGUGGCCGGCCACGUUCACCCUCUAGGACAGGAUUGGCCAAGAACCAGAAUCCCAACAGUGAAGGUAAGGCUGAGGUGCAGAAUGUGAAUGGUAGCAGUCCAGUGAGGCAGGCGGCGGAACUAGUGCACCAUGAAGUAAACCCUACAGAGGGUGACCGGCAUGCAAAAGGAAAGGACGUGAAAACAGGGGCAUCUCCGGAUUGCACGGAUCAUGUUUCCGUAACGGAUGUGUCAACUAAGGAACGGCUGAUGCCACAUUUAUUGGCUAAAAAAUCGGAGAUUCCAUCUUCAAAUAAUGAGAGCAUAUCUCAUAUUUCUAGUGAGUCUCACGUGGAAGUUAAGCAGCCAGAACCACUUAAGGGUCACGUGGAUAGCAAGGGGCAGGAUGGGCCUCAGGUUUCUAAACAAAAGCCCACUUGGACCAGGCUUAAUAAGAUGGAGUGUGGGCCGAAGUUAAGGGAAACAGAAGGAAGUUCAAAACCAUUGGGAAAAAGAAGAAUCCAGGAUGCAGAAAUUGAAGAAGAGACAGACAUAGGCAGCAAGGUGGGGAAACGUGGUAGACUAUCUGAAGAUGUUCAAAUGGAUGAAGCAGCGGGGGUGCAUGAACACCCUUGUUGA